GUGCCGGAUGACAAACCCGGCGCAGGAGUUUGCUGUAGCGGCAAAAACCGGCAAAAAUCUAACCAAUGCGGAUAACAUUAAAUCAACCUGAGGCUCGUGUGUGGGACAACUACCGUGGACGUGCAUAAGCUGAUUUUAUGUAGCGGAUUUGUGUAGUUAUGAUGAUAAUUUCGUCAGCUCGUUCUGUCCUGCAGUAAAAUCCAGUUCGGGUUUUCGAAUAUCUGAACGUAACCAGUUCUGGGCUCUGAAAAAGGACAUUUUCAAGUUACAGCCGGUCAGAGCAAGCCUUGUGGGAAGGGGGUGUGUAGAGAAUUGGCAGAGCUUCCCGUUCGUCUUUUACGAGUUCUGCUGAAUCUCCAUUAGGAGUUCUCCAAAGCAGGUCGAAAGAUACGAGGUGCUAAUUGCAGAAAUGGCACUGAAGACCAGACUUGGAAAGCGGUCUCCGUUGGGCACCCUGGUGUGCGGUUCCUUCGCCGAGGGCCUGACUGAAACGGGCUCCCACUCCCAUGGAGACGGCGUGGUUCACAAAAUCAAGCUUUACCCAGGACAAAAGGUGUAUGUGCACUGCGGUGGCCGGGAAUGCGGAGGUGUGGUGGAGCAACAUAACCAUGUGGACAAUGAGGUGUCCAUCUUCCUGCCUCAGCUCAACCAGCACGUACAUCGCAAGCUGGAAGACGUAUGGACGAGCCCUACAACGUCCAGUCCUACCAUCUCAGUCUCCUCAUCCAUUGACGUGCCAAAAAGGAGCCCGGAGACCGUGGAUAUGGAUGAGAUGAUGGCUGCUUUGGUGCUUACCAGUCUGUCCUGCAGUCCAGUCAUCCAAAACUCAGCUCAGGGGAACGUGACACAAGCUUUGUGUGGAAUGGAAAACGGUACUGGCGAAGUGUCCGAUGGUGGAUACUGGAGCUGCGACCAUGGAAACGGCAGCCCUGCCCCAUCCCCACCCAUCGCGGAAUCUGACAAGACCGCAAAUCUUGUUGAUGACGGCCUGGACAUGGAGCUGGACCAAAUGUUGUUUAAUGAGCCAACACCAAGGAAACGCAAAAAUUCCGUAAAAGUGGCAUAUCGGUGUUUGUGGCCAAAUUGUGGAAAAGUAUUGACCACGGUAGUGGGCAUCAAGCGGCACAUCCGGAAUUCUCACCUUGGGCAAAGUGACGAACACUCGCACAGGGAAGAAGACUUUUACUACAGCGAAGUCUAUCAGGACUUCGAGCAAACAUCUCCUCCUGGUGGUCACCAGCCUUCUUGCACUUCUCCAUCCAGUCCUAACCGGCACACACCACCGUCUCCUUCCAGCCCGGAUCUGCCCCAGCCCAGUCCGCUCAGUCAAUCGGCCCCGGGCAGCUUCUGGCAAGUCCAUUCUGAGCACUCUUACCAGGCCCCUCCACCUGUUCCAGUGGUGACGCAGUGUAAACCGGUGGCGGUGUCUAUACCCGUGUCCUGUCAUUGGACUCCAUCUCUUACGGUUCAUCAGAGCAAACAGGCCUCCCCAUUUCGUCGUCGUUCAGUCAGUGUAGGUGAACAAUGGCUCCAGAACAACAGUGCCACCUUCAGGCCACAUCCCGCCAGUGUUUCCCCUCCAAGAAACCAUUGCACUGCCAGGAGGAUUCGCGGCGAGGCCAAGAAGUGCAGGAAGGUGUACGGGAUCGAACACCGAGACCAGUGGUGCACCGCCUGCCGCUGGAAAAAGGCCUGCCAGAGAUUCCUUGACUAAAUACCUCCUGAGGAACAAAAGGAAGCGAACACUAACCUUAAAAGAUGGGAUUUUAUCUGGAACUAUGCGGUUGGAAGAAACCAAAACAGCACCUUUUUGACUUUUUCACUUUUUCAGUACUUUGUGUUUUACGAAACGUGCUAAGGAACCACGUUGGUGCUGAAAGAUUUCUCAAGUGAAAAGCACAGACUCAGCCCCUGCAACUCUGCAGUCUUCCUGCGUCUUAUAUCAAGAACUAAUAAAGCGUGACUUUCCUUUUACAAGCAGUAAGCAGUCAUGUAUUGAAGAACAACAGCAGCAGCAGCCAUAUAUUUUGUUGAAAAUGUUUUAAACCACCCACCCCUUCAAGACUGACCUGGAACCUCCUCACGUUUGUCCUCCGAAGCGGAUGGACAGUUUACUUAUCAUUCCAUGUGAUGUGAGACAGCGGUCCAUUGUUUUCAGGGGCAAAAAUGGCAGCUUAUAAAUGGUUAUUUGUAGUUAAACAAAAAAUCAGAAUAGCAUAUAAUGUUUAUGCUCAUGUAUGUCUUGUUUACCUGCUUAUUAAGCAGACGUUUCUUCUGUUGGCAGAGUUUUGUAUAACAAACUUUUGAUAGAGGAGGAAAUGGAUUUUGUAUUACGAUUUUGAUAUCUGUGAUGUGUUAAGUCAUAUGCCAUGUCAAAAUUAAUGUGUUUCUAUGACACAGGUUACACUUCUGUGAAAUAAGAUGAUUCGCUUUUCUGUCAUGUCAAUGCUAAGGAAUAUCUGUAUAUGAAACAUGCAUGAAAUUAUACAGUUUAUAUGCGUUUCUUUGUGCUUCUCGUCCCGGUCAACCCACUGGCUGUUUGUCUGUUUGAAUUGUAUUCUUGCCAAAGAGAAUCUUAGCAAGAUAAAUCAUAUGUGACCCUAGUCCACAAAACCUUAAGUCGGAUGGGUAUAUUUGUAGCAUUAGCCAAAAAUACAUUGUAUGGGUCAAAAUUAUAGAUUUUUAUUUUAUGCCAGAAUUAUAAGUAAUUGUCACGUUCCAUGAAUUUCCUAUCAUGAAUAUAUCAAAGCUUUAUUUUUGUGGGUGGAUGCCGUUUCCAAGGAUUUAAUUUGGACAACUUUUUCAAUAUUUAGAUUUUUGCACCCUCAGAUAUUUUAAGUAUUGUCAUAUACUACCAAACCAUGCAUCAGUGGAAAGCUUAUUUAUUCAACCUUCCGAUAAUGUAUAAAUCUCAAUUUAAACAUAACCCUUAUAACUGAUGGUUUUGUGGUCCAGGGUCACGUAUGAUAUAUGCACCUUUGCAAUAUAAUGUGAAAUCAUUCAUAAAACUACUCCCCAUUUAUAAGAAAAGUGUAACCGAUUAUUUGUUUGGUUCUUACUCUUAUCGUCUGGGUCCAAAUGCAUUAUUUUCUUAUUUUGUAUAGACCUUAUAUGCAGCAGCAUUUUCAUUUUUACAUGUAGCUUAAUCAUCUGUACUUUUUUUUAUAAAGCUUAAUGUUUUGACAUUAUGAAACUGAAUGUACGUUAACCUAAAGAUCAUCCGAGAUCAAUAUUCAAUUCCAACAGUCAGUGUAACUCGAAAGAACCACAAUACUAGUUAGUCUGUUAAGCCCUGAGAGACAUUCAUUGAAGCUCACAAGAUCAAUCUGUUUGUAAAUUUUGUAAAAUACUUCAGAAGUAUUUCCUUUUAUGAAGUCCUGAACCGUUCUGAGAGUGGUUCAAGGUUAAGAGAAAAUAACUUGUUUUGCUUAAAACAUGCCUUUUUUAAAAUAAACUUUUGUGCAAAAAUAAAAGCAA